GUAGUUGGGACUCAGUUAUUUUCUACUCCAUUUUCAUAAUCUAGAUUAGUAGAGUUUAAGGAGAUAUCAAGCUAACAAACAACUACCAUCUUCCUUCAAUUUCACUUCUCCAUUUCUCUCUCUCUCUCUCUAAAACUCAAACCCUAUUCUCUCUCUUCUUUCAUCUUACUGCUGCAUUCAAUUUACUUCUUUUGGUGUUUGUCAACUCAGCAAUGGCCUGAAGUUUGCUGCUUUUGGAUCUCUCUGUCUAUUCCUCAUCUUUAAGUGAUUUCUGCGGAUUACUAUAGGCUUGUGCAGCAUCUAUGGCAGACGACAGUAAAUUCUGUUUUUUCUUUGUUUCGUCAUUUUUUUUGUUGGCUAUUGUGAUUAAUGUGACAUUUGCUGCCAAUUAUGUGCCUGGUGAUGAUAUUCUGUUGAACUGUGGCGGUCCUGACAAUCUCCCAGAUGCUGAUGGUCGGAAAUGGGGCACAGAUGUUGGGUCAAAAUAUAUGUUGGGUAGUAAGUCAUCAAUCUCUGAUGCUGCUGAUCAAAAGCCCUCUGUCCCUCAAGUUCCUUUUAUGUCUGCCCGUGUAUUCCAGUCUGAGUUCACCUAUAGUUUCCCUGUAGCAUCUGGUCGUAAGUUUGUCCGUCUCUAUUUCUAUCCCUCGUCUUACAACAAGCUAAAUGCUACCAAUGCCAUCUUCGAUGUGGCCUCCGGACAAUAUACCUUACUUAGAAAUUUCAGUGCAGCACAAACUGCUGAAGCUCUCAACUAUGAUUACUUGACCAAGGAAUUCUCAAUAAAUGUGCCAUCUGAAACUUUGAACAUCACUUUCACACCCUCUCCAAAUACCUCAAACUCCUUUGCGUUUGUCAAUGGGAUUGAGAUUAUUUCACAUCCUGAUAUCUAUAACACAGAAGAUGGAAAUACCUUCAUUGUGGGUCAGAAAUCCCCUUUCAUCAUUGACAAUUCUACUGCCUUGGAAAAUGUUUAUCGCCUUAAUGUGGGAGGCAAUGUAAUCUCACCAUCAGGUGAUACUGGUAUGUUUAGGUCAUGGGGUGACGACUCAAAUUAUAUUUUUGGAGCAGCCACCGGAGUCACCAAUACUGCCGAUGAUGAGAAUGUCACAAUAACCUAUGGUAAUGGGCAGCCUACCUACAUUGCCCCACUUGAUGUCUAUAAGACAGCUAGGUCAAUGGGUCCAACUUUUCAAAUUAACCAGCAAUUCAAUUUGAGCUGGGUUUUCUCAGUUGAUUCAGGGUUCUCUUAUCUUGUUAGGCUCCAUUUCUGUGAAAUCACUAGAAAUAUCACAAAAGUCAACCAGAGGGUGUUUAUCAUCUACAUGAAUAAUCAGACUGCGGAACCUGCAGCAGAUGUCAUUGCUUGGGCUGAUGGCAAUGGAGUUCCUUUUCACAAGGAUUAUGUGGUCUCUGUACCUCGUGGGGCUUCACAGCAGGAUCUUUGGCUUGCCCUCCAUCCAAAUGUUGCUUCAAAAUCCAAUUGGUAUGAUGCAAUUUUGAAUGGAAUAGAGAUUUUCAAAGUGAGUGACACCAAUAAUAACCUUGCUGGGCCUAAUCCUGUUCCAGUUGCAGAACCAGAUCAUAUUGACCCUCUGCCGUCCAAAACAGGUGAAUCAAAAAAUAAUAAAUCAGCUAUUGGUGGAGGCGUUGGAGGAGGGAUUGCUGCUGUAGUUCUUAUUGGUUUAGUUGCAUGCCUUGUCAUGCGCCGCCGGAAUCGUGGGAAGGUCCAAAGUCCAAGUGAUGGACCAUCAGGCUGGCUCCCUCUUUCUUUGUAUGGAAAUUCACAUACGUCUGGUUCCGCUAAGACAAACACUACUGGCAGUUAUGCUUCGUCCCUUCCAUCAAACCUUUGUCGUCACUUUUCAUUUGCUGAGAUCAAGGCAGCCACCAAUAACUUCGAUGAAGCACUGCUUCUUGGGGUGGGUGGUUUUGGCAAAGUAUACCAGGGAGAAAUUGACGGUGGCACAAAAGUUGCUAUCAAACGUGGGAAUCCUCUCUCCGAGCAAGGUGUUCAUGAAUUCCAAACUGAAAUUGAAAUGCUCUCAAAACUUCGCCAUCGCCAUCUUGUUUCUUUGAUUGGUUAUUGUGAAGAGAACUGUGAAAUGAUCCUAGUAUAUGACUACAUGGCUCAUGGUACCCUUCGUGAGCAUCUCUAUAAGACCCAGAAGCCUCCUUUACCUUGGAAGCAGAGGCUUGAGAUUUGUAUUGGUGCUGCUCGUGGGUUGCACUAUCUUCAUACUGGUGCGAAGCAUACUAUUAUCCACCGUGAUGUAAAGACCACUAAUAUCCUCUUGGAUGAGAAAUGGGUGGCAAAGGUUUCUGAUUUUGGGUUGUCUAAAACAGGUCCUACAUUGGAUCACACCCAUGUGAGUACCGUGGUGAAGGGCAGUUUUGGAUAUCUGGAUCCAGAAUACUUCAGAAGGCAGCAACUGACAGACAAAUCUGAUGUGUACUCAUUUGGUGUAGUGCUGUUUGAGAUUUUGUGUGCUCGGCCAGCUCUGAACCCAACUCUUCCAAAGGAGCAAGUAAGCUUGGCAGAGUGGGCUUUCCAUUGUUACAAGAAGGGUACUUUUGAUCAGAUAAUCGAUCCAUAUCUGAAAGGGAAGCUUGCACCAGAAUGCUUGAAAAAAUUUACAGAGACAGCAGUGAAGUGUGUGUCUGAUGUUGGUGUAGACAGGCCGUCGAUGGGAGAUGUGCUGUGGAAUCUUGAAUUUGCUCUGCAACUUCAGGAGAGUGCAGAGGAGUGUGGGAAGGGUUUUGGGAAAAUGGACAUUGAAGAAGGGUUUGAUGAUGUUACAUGCAAAGGAAAGAAGGAUUUAAAUGAAUCCCCAGGUUACGAUGCAAGCAUGACUGAUUCAAGAAGCAGUGGAAUAUCUAUGAGCAUUGGCGGCCGCAGCCUUGCCAGCGAAGACUCAGAUGGGCUAACACCUAGUGCUGUUUUCUCUCAAAUCAUGAAUCCAAAAGGACGUUAAAAUCUCAUGUCUUGAAAGCAGCGAAUACACACCAAGGCUAUGUUUUUUAACAGGGCACACGUCACUUUUUCCCAUUUUUCCUUUUCCUUCCUCGUACUGCCUUAUUCUUUUACUCACUAUUUAUUUUGUAAUUCAUAUGUUUUGUUUAAACUUGGAUCCUUUGUAAGUUGUAUCUACCAAUACUCAAAGUGUGAAACUAUCUUCUGUUGUACUAUUAUUAACUGAUCAUAAAGAGGUUGUUUGCUAUGGUAAUCUGA